GGACUGUUUCUGAACGAAUCGAAAAACAACAGUUUAAAAAAACAAUAUGGCUGCCAAAGUAACCAUGUUGGUGAUAAAAGUGAAUCUAAUAAAUUGUGCUUUAUAGUGAGAUUUUAGUUGUUUUCAAUUUAUAAUUCUAGUUAGUAAAGAGUAUUUAUAUUAAAUGUCAGCAUUAGUGGCUAGUGACUUAGUAAAAUUAUUUAAAAAAGUGUACGCGUCACCGGUGGACGUUUAGUGGUAAAACCUGGCGUUCGACAAGACAGAGGAGGAAAGCCGUAAGCACAGGAGUUUGGCGGUAAGAUGUCAUUCCCGCCCCGACCGCCAAUGGUGCCGUACGGAAUCGCCCCAGGCGUGGUCACAAUGCAGAUGCCCACACACGUGAUGGUGGGCGCGUACGGCGGCGGCGCGGGCGUGGGCGGCGCGGCGGGCGGCGGGCGCGGCGCGCUGCUGCCGGCGCCGGCGCAGGGCAAGGCGGUGAUCGCGCGCGGGCCCACGCGCAACAACGGCGCCAAGGAGGCCGAGGGCCCGCCCGUCACCGUCUUCAUCGGCAACAUCUCGUCGCGCGCGCCCGACGCCAUGAUCCGCUCGCUGCUGGCCGCCUGCGGGCCCGUGCUCAGCUGGAAGCGAGUCUCCACCUUCGGCUUCAGCGAGUUCGCCAGCCCCGAGGCGGCGCUGCGCUGCGUGCGCCUGCUCAACAGCCGCCCCGUCGCCGACAAGCCGCUGCUCGCCAAGACCGACGGCAAGAUGCAGGCGCUCGUCGACACCUACAAGACGGAGCAGCGGUCGCGGCUGGGGCAGGAGGAGGGCGCGCCGGGCACGGAGGGCGAGGCGUCGUACCUGGACGCGCGGCAGCGGGCGCUGGACGAGGCGGCCGAGCGCCGGCUCGCGCAGAUCGUGCGCGACUACCAGGACGACAUCAACAACUACGAGCUGCUGCAGAAGGAGGAGGCCAUCUCCAAGACGGCCCGAGUGCUGGAAGAGGCCGACAUAUCGGAGGAGAAGCGCGAUGUCAUACAUCGUGAGAUCGGCAAGUUCCGCGAGAGCAUGAAGGAGGAGGCCGACGUGGUGGUGCGGCGCAAGCGCGACCCCAAGGACGACAAGCCCGACGAGCGGCCCCGCGACCGCGACCGCGCCGCCGACCGCGACCGCGACCGCGUCGCCGACCGCGACCGCGCCGCCGAGCGCGACAAGGAGCGCGACCGCGACCGCGACAAGGAGCGCGAGCGCGAGCCCAGAGACAAGGAGCGACGCCGCCGCAGCGCCUCCAGGAGUAAAGACAACAGACGCGAGGAACGCGACAAGGAGCGGGAACGAGAACGAGAAGAGAGGGAGCGAGACAGAGAACGUGAGCGCGAGCGAGAACGUGAGAGAGAAAGGGAGCAGCGAGAACGAGAGCGGGAGAGGGAGAUACGCGAGCGAGAAAGAGAACGAGAAAGAGAACGCGAGCGGGAGCGCGAGCGCGAGCGGGACCGGGAGCGGGAGCGGGAGCGGUCGCGGGAGCGGGAGCGCGAGCGGUCGCGCGGCCGCAGCCGCAGCGAGGCCGACGCGCGCCGCGACAAGGAGAUGGAGGACGAGGCGCGCGACAAGAAGCGCCUCGAGAAGAAGGCGCGCGAGAAGGAGGCCGCCUACCAGGAGCGGCUGCGCAACUGGGAGAGCCGCGAGCGGCGCAAGGCGAAGGAGUACGAGAAGGAGCGCGAGCGCUCGCGCUGCCGCGAGGAGGAGCGCGAGCGCGAGGCCAAGCGCCUCAAGGAGUUCCUCGAGGACUACGACGACGAGCGCGACGACCACAAGUACUACAAAGGCAAGGAGCUGCAGCGGCGCCUGGGCGCGCGCGUGCGCGAGGCGGAGGCCGACGUGCGCGAGCGCGCGCGCGAGGCGGCCGAGCUCGCCGCCCUGCGCGCCCGCGUGCGCGCCGCGCCGCGCUGCCCGCCGCCGCCGCCGCCUACGAGCGCGCGCGCGCACGACGCGCUGUACGCGCCGCGCCUGCUCAUCGACGUGUCGCUGCAGCGCGAGCAGCAGGCGCAGCGCGAGCGCGCGCGCGCCGAGCGCCGCCACGCCGAGCGCCUCGCCGCGCGCGCCAAGCACGAGCGCACGCUGCGCCUCGCCGCCGCCCGCCAGCUGCCCUCCGAGGCCGAGCCCAUCGACUCGUCCUCCUCCGACGAGCCCGAGCCCGCCACGCCGCCGCACGCGCCCGCCACGCCGCCGCGGCCCCCGAGCCCGCCGCCCGCCGAGCCCGCCAGCUCGCCGCUCACCAUCAGCUUCAAGCACCACCACGCCAAGCUCAGCCCCGCCAGCGCCGACACGCCCAACGCGUGGCGGCCGCCGCCCACCUACAUAUGCCGAGCGGAGCCGGGGCGCGUGCGGCGCGUGCACGCGGCCUUCGCGGGCGACGACGACGACCUCGCGCCGCCGCCCGACACCAGGCCUGUCAAAGACAAGAAGGACAAGACGAAGAAGCCUGGAGGCGGCGGCGGAGGUGGAGGCGGCGGAGGCGGGGAGGCGACGCCGGCCGACAAGGAGAGCCGCAGCGCGGAGGAGAAGCGCAAGCACAUCAAGAGCCUCAUCGACAAGAUCCCCACGCAGAAGGACCAGCUCUUCCAGUACAAGCUCGACACCGCGCAGAUCGACAACGUGCUGAUGGAGAAGAAGAUCCGGCCGUGGAUCAACAAGAAGAUCAUCGAGUACAUCGGCGAGCCGGAGCCCACGCUCGUGGACUUCAUCUGCAGCAAGGUGGUGGCCGGCUCCGCGCCGCAGGGCAUCCUCGACGACGUGCAGAUGGUGCUGGACGAGGAGGCGGAGGUGUUCGUGGUGAAGAUGUGGCGCCUGCUCAUCUACGAGCUGGAGGCCAAGCGAGCCGGACUGCACAAGUGACCCCCGCCCGACACACUCACAUAUAUUAUAACAUUCGUAUAAACA